AUGGCCAUCUUCAAGAUGCUCGUCGCAGCUGCCGCCCUCUUCAACGUCGCUCUCUCGAGCACCGCGUUCUCUUCCGAGGCGCCGUCGGUUGUUACGUCAACGCAGUUCCUCACUUCGGUCACGUUUGUCUCGGGUUUGCCACAGAAGUCGAGCACUAACUGCGCUACGACUACUGUGACCGAGGUUGCGCCUCCUACUACGGUUACGGUCGUCGUGCCGUCUGCAGUGUCUAGCGCUCCAGAGUUGUCGAGUGUUUUGACUUCGUUGCCCGAGUCUAACUCUACUCAGUCUACGGUUACAGCCACCAUGAACAAGACCCAGACUGUCACCCACACGUCGUCCAAGGGCCCCCACCACACCACCAGUGUCUUGGUACCCCUGAACUCGACUGGAAUCGUGUCUGCACCGACUCUGAGCCUCUCUCACACUCACUACGAGAACUCGACGACGGCAACCCCUACAGGAACUGGUCACGCCAGUGUCAGCGCUUCCUACUCGACUCCGCCUUUCACUGCCGCCGCAGAUGUUACCAAUGUGGGUGCUGCUGCACUCGCUGGUGGUUUCUUCAUGGCUCUUUUUGGAUUCUAG